GGUUUGCCUAAGCCCACAAAUACGACCUUCUUAUCCAUAAACAUGAAGAACACGCUGCAGUGGAAUCCUCCACAGGGCCUGCAAGGAGCUGACAUCACUUACACCGUGCAGUACUUCAUAUAUGGGCAAAAGAAAUGGAUGAAUAAAUCUGAAUGUCGAAAUAUUAAUGAGACUUCCUGUGAUCUCUCUGCUGAAACUUCUGACUACGAGCACCAGUAUUAUGCUAGAGUUAAAGCCGUUGGGGAAACAAAUUGUUCAAAAUGGGCAGAAACAGGACGAUUCUAUCCUUUUCUGGAAACACAAAUUGGCCCGCCAGAAGUGGCUUUGACUCCUGAUGAGAAAUCCAUCACUAUUGUGCUGAAGGCUCCAGAGAAAUGGAAGAAAAAUCCAGAAGAAAGUACUAUAUCCAUGCAACAAAUAUAUUCCAAUCUGAAGUACAAUGUGUCUGUUUAUAACACUAAGUCAAAUAGAACGUGGUCCCAGUGGGUGACCAACGACACGCUGGUUCUCAGCUGGCUGGAGCCGGACACCCUGUACUGCGUCCACGUAGAGUCCUUCGUCCCAGGGCCCCCUCGCCUUGCUCGGCCAUCCGACAGGCAGUGCAUCAAUACUUUGAAAGACCAAACUUCAGCACUGAAGGUUAAAAUCAUCUUCUGGUACAUUUUACCCAUAUCUAUUACUGUGUUCAUUUUCUGUGUGAUGGGCUACUCCAUGUACAGAUAUAUCCACGUUGGCAAAGAGAAACACCCAGCAAAUUUGAUUUUGAUUUAUGGAAAUGAAUUUGAUAAAAGAUUCUUUGUGCCUGCUGAAAAAAUUGUGAUUAACUUUAUCACCCUCAAUAUUGUGGAGGAUUCUAAAACUCCACAUAAAGCGACAAGUAUAAUGGACAACAGUGAUAAUGGACAGGACCAGAACAACGCUGAACCCUGGGGGGACCAGGAGCCCCAUGCAGAGGAGAUGGAAGUGAAGCACUUAGGUUAUGCCUCACACUUGGUGGACAUUUUCAGUGACCCUGAGGGAAACACCAACAUUGUUUCCCUAACCCAGCAAGAAUUACUCAGCAGAGCAAUACCCACAGACAGAACCGCCAUUGAAUACGAAUAUGAUGUUAGAACUAUUGAUUUUUGUGUGGGGUUGAAAGAUCAAGAGCUCAGUUUGCUGGAGGACGUGUCUGGACAAGGAAAAUUAUUUGAGCAACAGGAAGCUUCAGCAGACUGGGACCCACAGACACUACUGUGUUCAUACACCCCUCAGCUCAGAGAUUUAGACCACCCCCUGCCAGGGGAGAGCAUGGACGCGGGAGAGACCACCGAAGAAGAGCCACCGACCACACUAGUUGAUUGGGACCCUCAGACUGGCAGGCUGUGUAUACCUUCCUUCCCUAGCUUUGAACACGAUGCAGAGCGAUGGCAAGAUCCUGGGUACUCGGGGCUCACAGAGGAAGGCCUUUUGUCUCGACUCUGUGAUGAGGAGGCUCAGGACAAGCCACAGGAAGAAAAUGCAACCUAUCUCAUGCAGUUCAUGGAGGAAUGGGGGUUAUCUGUACAAAUGGAAGACUAAAACCCAAAUUUCCCUACACCUGACUCUUCUGUGACAAGGCCUGUGAGUGCAAACUCAUGAACGAGAACGAUAAAGGACCUGGAAGACAAGUUGCUCACUCAGGUUUUUCAUUUUGAUGGGAAUUACUCAUUCUUGUCUCUAUACUUAUUGCACUUGCUUGUUCUGCCUUAUGCGGGUGAUUGGUUCACGUGUGCAGGCUUCAGCAAUGCUGACGGGCACCUGGAGUAUGUUUUUUACCCACUAAGCUUGCAAUAAAUAUUGGCUGCUGGAUGCAGGAUUUAU